AUGGCUCGUAAUCCGAUUAUUCUAGGCUGUGCCUGGGGAGACUACCUUUCAGCCCAACGAGCAAGCUUGCCAUACCUCCCUGAUAUCGAAGAUCUCACAGACCGGGUGACCCGAAUAAUGGGUGGAAAUCCUGGAGAAAUGCAGCUCCAGGGUACUAACACAUAUCUCAUUGGGACUGGAAAUUCUCGAAUCCUUAUUGAUACCGGACAGGGAGUUCCCACCUGGGCUACCAAUAUCACCCGUCUCCUUCGAGAGCGCAAUCUUACAAUAUCGCAUAUUCUUCUCACACACUGGCACGGCGAUCAUACAGGUGGUGUACCCGAUUUAAUCGAAUAUGACCCGUCCCUCGCGUCAAGGGUAUACAAGAAUCGACCCAGUCCCGGACAAUUACCCAUAAAGCAUGGACAAAUCUUCCGAACAGAGGGUGCCACAAUCCGCGCUAUUUUUACACCCGGCCAUGCGGUAGACCACAUGUGUUUCCACCUGGUAGAAGAAAACGCUCUUUUCACCGGUGAUAAUGUGCUAGGUCAUGGAUACAGUGUUGCCGAGGAUCUAGCAGAGUAUAUGAGAAGUUUAGAGAUCAUGCAACGACAAGGAUGUGAAAUCGGGUACCCGGCUCAUGGAAUCAAGAUUGUUGAUUUACCGAGAACGAUUCGACUUUAUAUUCGACAAAAGAAGCAUCGCGAGCAUCAGAUUUAUCAGGCUUUGGUUCAAGUGAAAGGAGGGUUGACGACGCGUCAGAUGGUACAGACACUACAUGGUGAUAUACCAGAAGAACUCUUUGCUGACGCAUUCGAGCCAUUUCUGAAUGAGUCAUUGAGUAAACUGGCGGAGGAGCGAAAGGUUGGUUUCCAGAUUUCAAAAGGAAAGCGCAGAUGGUUUCUUAACAGACGUGCUUGGGAUUCUCUGUGA